AUGCAGGACCCCGUCUAUUCGAACCGUCGGCAGGCCCAGCUCGUCAAGAUGGCUCGCGAGCAUGGCGUUGAGCACCUGCUCCCAGAGAGCAAGAAGGGAACCGCAUACCGCCUGGCCUACCGUGUGGAACACGGAUUGAGAGUCAAGGGUACUGGUGUUGGCCAAUCCGUCAAGGGACACAUCCACGAAAGACACAUGAUCGCCAAGUACGUAUCCGCAUUGCUCAGCGAAAUCGCUAUGGAAGAUUGUCAGACUAACAGCAAGGACAGGAUGGAAGCCAGGAGAAAGGCCAUGUUGGAGAUGCCCAAGCUCAUCAAGACCUGGAAGAGGGUAAGUUUGGUUUCGGCCAGUCUGAUAUUCCUUGUCCUGAGUUAUCAUACUGAAAAUUCGCAUAGGUUGGAAAGUACGCCUGGACCAAGUGGCCGAAAUGAACAAUAUACGACGGAUUCUUUUUUGGCGCUAUGUAGAUAUCCCAUGUAUUUUUAUGUACCAACAUGCAUCAUAUUUACAUUCAGCUCGCAAAGUUAUUCGGACCCUAUCUUGCAUAACUAAAACCGUGAUUGCUUGCCAUACCCUUUGGCUUCAUAUAGGUUGAGGUAGAGAGAUCUCCGCCCUCAAGCCUCCGGUAAAAUUGAUUUUGAAAAGCAAAACAUCAUACGAACGAGUACCAAUGAAAGAGCUAUACACACAGUUCUACUACGUGGUGAAGAUAAAAGAACUCAUCAAGAAUCGCUUGCAUUUCCAGCUGCUAUCACCAUAUUCAAGAUCACGUGACCACCCACUCACACACACUUUUCAUUCUUGAGCUUGAAAAGACAUCUCACACGAGACCUCACCAACCCUCUCAGAAUACUUUUCGGCACCUCAAAAAAGCGGCUGAGGCCUCGAGGCUCGGGGAGAAAUGGAAGAAAUAAAGACACCCGCCGCGGUGUCCCACUACCAGGUCCUCAACCUUACCCAGUCCCUCGUCGACUCACACCACAACCCAUCAACCCUCAUCAAGCGAGCGUACCACCGCGCGCUCCUCCAGAACCACCCGGACAAGGCAUCCCGGUCCCGGGCAUCAUCAUCAUCAUCAUCAUUAUCAUCAUCCACCUUCUACUCCGUCGACCAGAUCACGGCCGCCUACACGGUGCUCUCCUCCCCGAGAGACCGCGCUGCCUACGACGCCUCCGCCCGGCUGUCACAGCAGCACGGCGGCGGCCAGGACGACCCGACGUCGGCCCAGUUUCGCACCGGGGUGGAGAACGUCGACCUCGACGACCUGCCCUUCGACGAGGGCAAGGAUGUGUGGUACCGGAGCUGCAGGUGCGGCAACGACCGGGGCUACGUCUUCGGCGAGGACGACCUGGAAGAGGUAGGGGGCGAGGGGGAGCUCAUGGUCGGCUGUCUGGACUGCAGUCUCUGGUUAAACGUUCAUUUCGCGCAGGUCGACGACAACGAUGAUACCGCUGGAACCUACAGGUCAUGGCCCCUUCAACUUCCCAAUAAACGUGCUAGCACCGUCGCAGGAGACUUGCCCUCCUCUGUAAUCAAGUUCCUUAA